AUUGGGGAAAAAACAAAAUAAAAGCCUAGGCAAAUUAGUCGUCGCAAUUCUCUAUCGGCAAACACAGAAGAAUUUUCGUUAGAUUAGCGAUGCAACAAGGAGAUUUUAGCUCUUAUUAUCAAUAUCCUUACCAUUUAAACCCUAAUCCCAAUCCUAACCCGAACCUCAAUACAACACCAACCGAAUUUCACCCACCAUCUUACGCUUCUGCACCACCUUUUAACUCCGGCUACGCCUCCUCCGAUUACUCCGGUUAUCCUUCAAAUUACCCUCCAUAUUCCCAAAAUAUUGAUGCUGUCCCUCCCGCUGCUUCCUCUUAUACACAUCCACCGUCAGCCUCAACGGUUCCACUGGUUCCGGCAAUAACCCCACAAUCGUCUUUUAAUCAACAACCCCCUGCGCCACCAUCGGCGACCGCAGCUCCUUCUUUCCCGUCUUAUGAUUCACAUGUUCCCUAUCCGUCACCGACUUCCCAGCCUUAUGAUCAGCAUCAGACGGCUUCCAGCUAUGGCCCUGCUACGCCAAACCCUAGACCCGUGCCUGAUCCACCUUACUAUUCAAAUCCGUAUGGCCAAGUAGGAUCUUCGGUAUCGUCUGUUCCUCCCGCAUAUGAAAACACAUUCAAUAAUUCAAUGAGAUAUGACAUCGGCGGUGGCAGUUAUUUCGAAAAUAAAUUUGGUGGAGGUUAUAACCCCGGGAAAUCCGAUUUUGGAUCCGAUGUCUAUGGUAAGCAAUCGGAUAGCUAUUCACGAUAUGAUGAUGGUGGUGGUUACGGUGAUGAGGUUUAUGCUUACCAAGGAGGAAAGGUGGAGCCUUAUGGGGCACGUGGCACUGCUCCAAAAUCGUCUACUUGGGUUCAAUUUGAUGAUUAUGGGAGGUCUAUUAAUUUCCCUUCUGGGAAGGACUCGUCUGGUGGGUCAGGUUCUUCUGCCGGUAAGAUUUUGAGGGCGGUACCUAAGGCUGAGACCAAGCAAGAUGAAAAUAGUGGUGUCCAGAAGUUUCGUGUUAAGUUGUUUUCUGAAAGUGGAGCACAUGGCCCCAUGGAUGUACUAUGCCAGAUUGGCUUAGAUGGUAUUCGAAUGCUUGAGCCUAGCAGCGGUCGGAUAUUGAAAAUAUAUCCUCUUGAGAACAUCACAAGAUGUGAAGUGUUGGACUCAUCUACCUUGGCUUUCUGGUCCAAGAGCUCUGUUGACAUUGAACCAAGGCGAAUCAGGUUGCAAGCAAGCAGUUACACUACAAACACCCUUCUGGAUAUUAUAACAGCUGCAACUGUACAGAUCAAGGAGAUGGGUUGGAAAAGUCGGCCUUCUGCACCUCUAAAGGCUACUGAACAACCUGCAGAAAAGAAGAGAGAAUUUGCUGAUUGGAUUAACAUUAGAAAGCCUGGUGUCGAGGAGAAAGAUCAUUGGGUCCCUGAUGAAGCUGUUUCAAAGUGCAUUGCAUGUGCAACAGAUUUUGGGGCCUUUGUGCGGAAGCACCACUGCAGGAACUGUGGGGAUAUUUUCUGUGACAAGUGUACCCAAGGUCGAACUGCUCUAACUGCUGAUGAAAAUGCCCAACCAGUUAGGGUUUGUGAUCGAUGCAUGGCUGAAGUGACUCGGAGGCUGAGUAAUGCUAAGGAAGCAGCAAGUAAAUCUACUGGAUUUCAGAGUCAUGAGGAUCUUGCUAGGAAGCUUCAGGAGGAGAUGGGAAAAAGUCGCAGUGCGUUAUCAGGCUCCAAGUCUGAUGGAUCUGGUAGGCGGAUGAAGGAAGUUGCCUGUCCCACCUGCACCGUUCAUUUGCAGGUACAAGUUCCCAGCUCAGGUUCUGAGACCAUUGAAUGUGGGGUGUGCCAGCAUCCUUUCCUUGUUAGUGCCCAUUGAUCGUGGGCAUUUGUCACCAGCAGAGGCUCUUAAUUUUCUCAAUUAAUAUCUUGUUGAGGUUGUGAUGAUAUUGGAACUAAUAUGGAUUAGCUUUACUAAGUUUUCAUUUAUUUGUUCAAAAACCUGGCGGACCCAUUGGUCUUCUGUGCAAGUCAUUGUGCAUAUGAAGUUGCUUGUUAA